GCGCCGCCGCCCUUCUCCCUUGGUCGCCUCCUCGCCGCGUGAUGGCCUCGCUCCGGGCGGAGCGCGCCGCCGGCUGCCUGCGGCUCCGAACGACCUGUGCCUGUGCCGGGCGGCCGGCAGCGCUCCGCCUCCUCCUCCUGCUGGGCGCUGUCCUGAAGCCCCAGGAAUCCCUGGCUCAGCCUCUUUCCACCCCAAGCAGCUUGGAGUUAGAAGCCACAGGGAAGACUGCGGAGGAGAACUAUACGACAAUUGUCCAACACUGCUGGGACUCUUAUAAGUUUCAUAUGGACUCUAUGGAAAAGGAUUGGUGCGACUGGACCAUGAUUAGCAGGCCUUAUAGCGACCUGCAACAUUGCUUGGAGCACAGUGCGGAACAUUUUGACCUGGGCUUCCCCAAUACCUGGGCAGAGAGGAUCAUCUUUAAGACUCAUCAGAUCCACUUUGCCAACUGCUCCCUGGUGCAGCCCACCUUCUCCGAUCCCCCAGAGGAUGUGCUCCUGGCCAUGAUCAUAGCCCCCAUCUGCCUCAUCCCCUUCCUCGUCACUCUCGUGGUAUGGAGGAGUAAAGACAACGAUGCCCAAGCCUAGGGUGGCAAGGGGCCAUUUUACUCCUCUUCCCACCCCCUCCCCCCAGGUCUCUCUCCUCCCCUCCCUACCCCCUUUUCACACUCCCACCCCCACCACAGAUCCUUGGAUUGGAGGAAAUGGAAGCUGGGUGGGGUCAUAGCACAAGUGCUGUAAUCUUACAAAUAAAAGGGUUUUUUUUUAACAAUGUGCCCCUCCCCCAUUCCAGUGGGUCCUGUGUCUGCCACUCCCACAGGCCCUCAGCUCUGGGCAGCAGAACUGGAAGAAUCUGGAUGGCCCACUGUUCUGUUCACUUCACCUAAGCUUGCUGUCCCAUCGCCCUCCCCCAACACCCCUUUGAAGGCCAUACUACUCCUUCCUCUCAGGGUGGGGACUUUCCUGCUGUUAUCCAAACCCAGCUCCAGGAAAUAAGCAGGAAGAGACUCCCUUCCUGUCUGGACAGCAGCUGGGGGCCUGUGUUUGGGGGGAUGUGGAGGAAGAGGCAAGAGAAGAAUCUGCUGUGACUCCUGCAAGAAGGAAGAGAAGCUAUCUGGAGUCCUGACUUUUCCCCUUCUUCGUGUCUUAGUUUACCCCCAGGGAAGAGGAAUACUGACCUGAACAACAGGAAUCUAUCCCUAAGGACCUCAGGACUGAGAUCAAGAAAGUGGGGGCUUCCACUACUAGGUUCACGACUCCCCCUCCCGGUCCCUGGCCCUUAUCCUACAUUGUCCUGGAUGGGGUGUGGCCUACUGCCUGACCACACACUGCCCCCUGGUGUCCACUAAAGCCAACAACUAGAAAAUGUAUGUAAUCUGGAAAAA